UGAGAUUUAAUAAGGGAUAAUACGGAUUAAUUUCCCAUAACUUUGGAGACUGGGUUGAGCAACAUAUGCGAAAGCUGCUUUGUUCGGCAAUCCAAAUUCUUGCCCAACAUUAGCCGAUGGGAGCUUUUGCAUAAGAACAAUGCGUCGACAGGGUGUUAUUUUUCAUAUGGGAGUCACGGACGGCUUGAAAAGCUUCUUGUUGCAUUUUGCUUUUUACAUAUCAUGGAAAUUCAACUUUUUACAUAUACCGGUGUGAAUACCCUUCUAACUUUUCGCCCAGGGAAGUUACCGUAACCGUUCGAACCUUGAUUAGUUGAAAAGGAUGGUGAGAUUAACGAAAAUACUUAAUGGUGGGGUCAGAAGGAUUUUUCGAUUCCGUUCACUAUAUGGAUCAAAGACCCGGUCCCUUACUUCGCCUCAACAGAAUGCGUUUUUCAAGUCCAAGUUGUCCUUCCUGAUUAUACUGAUAUUUCUUUGCUCCAAUUACUUACUCUCAUCUACAAUCCUUACGGCGUCAAAUUAUCCCCAGUAUAUCGAGGCCUCUAAGGCUUUAGAUGGUUUUUUCAAAUUGGAUCCGCAACUCUUCCAAACGAGUGGAUUUCUCAACAAGUUCAGAGUGACAUCCAAACCAAAGGUGUUUGUCGGUAAGAACAGAAAGUUUAACCAGUUCAAUCCCAACAUAUCGUCGGUGGCACACUGGAGCAAAUUACUACAGGUUUAUGAAAAGGAGGACAACCCUGAAAAGUAUCUUAAAGAACACAAACUCUCUUUCCAUUGGGCUGAUUGGAUCGACACUUCACCAGCAAACGCCUUUAUUGAUGCGUAUGAUUCUUUAUUAGCGGAGUAUGAUAACGAUCCCAGUGAAUUGGCCAAGGUUGUUCAAGAGCGAUGCAAAGCACAAAUAUUCGAUGGUUCAGAUAGACAGGAUCCAAACCUCUAUGCAAAGGAGAGAUUGAAAAUUUUCGAACAGCUUGAAGACAUUGGUAUUUGUGCUGCAAUUUUCGUCCACUAUUACGUCCCACCCCCUAAGCAGCUUGUUUUCGAAACCGAUUUCCACUACUUUUCAUGGCCUCUUGAAAAUGCAAUGGCCGAGACGCAGCGCACCAUGGAGAGGUUUGCCUCGUUAUACUACAACGAUGAUGAGGUUUCAGCCUUGCAAGUCCAGGAAUUUGCCGAAAAGGCCCCAAGCGACUUGUCCAAUUUCCCGGAAAAGAUGCGGGAAAUUUUCAAAUCAAAGAAUUUAAACACCGAUAAGAUAACUCUUCAAAAGCAAAUUGAAGUCUCAGGAAGGAAUUUCAAGAGACCUGAUACCAAGGAAAUUCUGAAGGAAUUAGCAGACAGUGGAAAGCUCAACGAAGGAGAGAAGGAAACUUUGGAAUUUUUGGAGUUCUCUCAUGAUAAAGUAGAUGAUGCUGAAAAGUUUCAUUGGGACUUCCCUAAUCAAGGGUUUGACAAAGAGGCUCGUUGGCAUCAUUAUACAUUCCCAUGGUGCAAACAGUUGGUGGAUUCUAGAGAGCGUAUAAUGUCAAUUCACCAUUUCGUUAGAUCAUGGUUCAAACUUUGUGAAUUUGCGGGUGCUAUUUCCUGGUUUGGGUAUGGUAAUCUCAUUGGUUGGUAUCGUCAUUCGCGUAAUUUGCCCUGGGAUACCGAUGUUGAUGUUGUUAUGCCCUUCCAGGAUCUGGUGGUGCUGAGUGAAAAGUUCAACGCAUCAUUAGUCAUUGAAAAUCCAGAACUUGGGGAUAAUAUCUUUUGGUUUGCAACAAUGCCUUACUUCUACCAACAGAAGGAUACCCAAUUCAUCGAUGCUCGUUAUAUUGACGUUAAAACAGGAUUCUACAUCGACGUUUCUGCACUUUGGAAUUCAAAUGAAAGGGAACCGCCAGAUGAGUUUAAACGUGAAGACCGUAGUACCAUAUACCAUUGCAAGCACUACAACUGGUUUUCUCAUAAGCAGCUGUUCCCUCUGAGACGUACAUUAUACGAAGGAGGCCAGGCUUAUGUUCCACAUGACUAUGAGAGUAUUAUGUGGUUUAAAUACGGUAAAGAUUCCAUGGAGUCGACAAACAAUUACGGUCACAACUGGCAGGAAGACAUUGGAAUCUGGGUUCCAAAUGAGAUCUGUGAGAACGAAGCGGUUCCUCCUAAGGAGUCCAGAUUCGACAGUGAUGGGAGCUUGACGUUGUUUGGCGCCUGUAACGACUCUAAUAUUUUAGAAGAGUGGGCCAGAUUUAAGGAUUUAUAUGAGAUACACAAGAAGGAGUUCAAAGGAAUAAAGGAAGGCGAAGACACGAGUGUGUAUUCUGAGAACGAUUUGCCUAUCGCUCGUUACUUCGACAGAACUUUGUACAUGUGAGAGAUAUCCGAAUAAUAUAUAGUCAAGGGUCUAUACUGCCCUUAUAAUAGGAUGAAGUUAGAUUACACAUA